GUGUAUGGGACAGAGGGUGGACACUGGGUUGAGUGGGGUUGAAUAGCACAGUCUGUAUGCGUGUGAGUUAUUUCUUUUUUUGUUGCCAUACACAGUCUGUUCCUGUUUGUAUAGAGCAGAGGUACAGAGGGCGUAGGGCAGCAGGAGGCGAUAUGAGAUGGAGGUACGGACCCAGGCCACAUCUUUGGAGAGGCAGCUGAGGGGAGGGGCUUACCAGGAUGAGUACAUUCACUUCCUGAGGGAUAGUCAGCAUGAGGCUCUGAUGGAGGAGGAAAGGAGAUACCGUUUCCUGGCUGAGAAACACUGUGGUCUCACUCAGUCCAUCGUCUAUCUCAUGAACAAGACAGGGGCAGCGGGAGGCCUACAGCAGAUAGCUGAUGGAUGGAGAGACCAGGUCAAUGCCACCAGAGGACCUGGAUCCCAGAACCCCUAUCGCCUGGACCAGGACAACACGUUCAGAAUGAGGGAGGAGGAAAGGGGGAGCCAAUGGUCAGGCAAAGAGGAGCAGCCUCUGGGAAGAGUGCCCUCCAGAGGUGGGGGCAUGAUAUACUGUAUAUCUACACUACAGUAUACCAAACCUAUAGAGUUUAGAUAGAGUACUCAUCUUCGUGCCCAGUUGACUACUUUGGAAGCCAUCAAUGGCAAUGUCCAUAAUAAAACAAGUUACAUUAUGUCCAUCAGGAGUCCUUUAUCUGGCUCUAUAACCAUACCAUAAAUAAAUACGAUGUAUAUACCAUACCCAAAGUGUUCAGGUGUCUUUCCUCUCCUAUGACCUGCCCUCCUGGCCCUCUGAUGUUCACACAUCCUCUCCUCUCUCCUCCCUCCCUUCUCACCCUUCACGGUCAGGUGGACUGGGGACAGCAAGGAGUCAUCAUGUCACGUAGUC